AUUACGGUUGGUCUCUUUUGCCAGGGUCGAUCCUGUUGAGUUUUCAGCCCACCUCCUUGCCAUAGAGGAUAUGAUAAAAUCUCUCUAACAAGCUUGAAGGAAGUCGUUACCUGAUCUAUUGAUUAUCAAGGAAAGAUGCAAGGUUUAGUGGAAGACCAAGCACAGGAGGACGAUUACGGAGAAGAAUCUUAUUAUUCCAUCAUUCGAUACGACGACAAGGCCAAAGCAAGCGUAGAAGAGAUUUUAGAACAUCACUGGGCUGCAAAUAGAACGGCACUACUACAAACCAGGUCCGAGAUGCGAAAGUUUUUCAACCCCUACAAGAUGAUAACCAUGACAUCUGAUGACGACACACGAGGUCAACUCAAACGAUUCUACAGCGCAAAGGCAAAGGCCAUGACCUUGAUACCACCAGGCCUUAGGAAACUACUCCCAACCAAACAACUAUUCAGAAAUCAGUACUUUAAGACUUGCUCCGUGGUCGGCAACAGCGGGAUCGUUCUUAACAGUUCCUGCGGAGCUCACAUCGACGCUGCCGAUUUCGCCUUCCGGUGCAACUUUGCCACGGUCAAAGGUUAUGAAAAGGACGUUGGAACGAAGACGGACGUUAUAACGUUUAAUCCCAGUAUCCUUGAUCGGUUUUAUGGAAGACUUAAAAAGGAUGAGGACAAAAGGCGGUUCGAGGAGCGUUUGGUCAGCUAUGGGAAAUAUGUUUUAUGGAUUCCAAUAUUUUCGACGCAUUACGUUAGCAGAACAGUCCACGAGAUAUUAGACUAUUUCAAUCUAAAUUUUAAAAGAUUUAAGAACAUCCAGCUGGCGUUUCCAGGGAACAUCCUCCCAGACAUAUCAGAUUACUGGUUAACCCAAGGAAUCGAUGAAGACAGGAUCAGUACAGGUCUACUCAUGUUCAACAUCGCUGCCACCAUCUGCGAAGAAAUCCACAUGUACGGAUUCUACCCCUUCCCACAAUUUCAAGACACAUCGAUCCCCUAUCAUUACGAUGACAGCAGGAAAAACCGGACGCGGGAUAACUACGAUUACGGUUAUCGCCGGUUUCACCAACUUCCCGACGAAUUUGUGCUCCUCAAGAAACUCCACAAAGCAGGAGUCAUCAAACUGCAUUUAGGGGAGUGCCCAACGUGAUUACUGAAGAUGAAAGAGGAUCGUGUAUUCUGAAACAGAAACAUUAACCAUGGCACAAGGACAGAAUAAAUUGUUCUUUUAUGUUGAGGCAGGCAUCAAAUUCUGAUGAAAAGUUUUUGACACAGUGUGGUAUAUCAGAAGUAUACACCAAGUUAAAAGGUUCUUUCAAAUAUGGUGAGACAACACGUAGCAUAUCAUUUGCCGCCUCAUAUCUCAUUGACUUUGUACUCUAAUUUUGAUGAGCUUUGUGGCACCAUGUGUGAGCGAGCCAUAUUAACAGAACAAAUACGCUAAGAUCAUGAAGAUGGUUUUAUCAACGGAAUGUCAUCAAGACCAUUAAGGUUCAGAGAUGGGCGUAAAUGUUAGGUCCAAAAAUAGGGCGUGUAACUCUUUAGCCACUUUACUUUCGCUAAAGCACUGCAUCUUAUACCAAAGAGUGUGAUUGGUGAGUGUCUGAUUUGCGUUGCAUGAUAUUUAUGCUUACCUUAUCGUUUUGCUUUGUUGGAUAUCAGAAAAUAUCAAAGGUAUUUAAGAUGCCAAUAUGUUAUAUACUCAUCGCACUAAAAACAAAAUGUUUUUAAGAAAGGGAGAUAUGGUUUCACAAUUUCGAUUAUAAUUAUUUAUCAUGGUAAACAGAGGGUCGUGGGUUCGAAUCCCAGCCAUGGUGUAAUUUCCUUCAGCAAGAAACUGAUUCACAGUGUGCUGCACUCAACCCAGGUGAGGUAAAUGGGUACCGGUAGGAAGUAAUUCCUUAAAAAGCUGUGUGCGCUAUGAACGCCUAGCUUAGCCGGGUAAUAUAGGAGCGCCUUGAGCACCUAUAUAAAUUAUAACAAGGUGGAUAUGUGCGCAAUAUAAAUACCCUAUAUUAUUAUUAUUAAUUAUCCAUCAUGUGUAUUGUUCAAUAUGCUUCAAUAGGUCUAUAUUACCGCUGGUCGAUUAUCGGAUUUUUCAACGUCCAAAGUAUUUUAAGUAAAUUAUAGACUGCCGAUAAUCAUCACUAGAGUUUCAAACGAUAUCAUUUUGUGAUGAAGUAGGACUUGAAGCGCGAACCUCCAGUUUGAUGGUGUAGGCCUAUUUACAAAGAUCACUACAACCAUAAAUCUGACAAAGGUGUCACAAUGAGCUUCCGAUAAGAGAACGGAAAAUGAGGACUGAACAUUCAGAUUUAAAAAAUGCAAUUGUCCAGUUCUAUAAAGUAAAAAAAAUCAUCUGUCCCCAUUUAAUUCCCCAACAUCUUGAAUAUGAAAGCUCCUUAUUCAUCAGCCCUUGUGGGACAGUUAACAUUCAUUUGUCUUUGCGUCAAAAUGCCCACUUUUCUCUUUAGUUUGUCACGUCAUUGGUGAAACUUUAAUCAAAUAAUGUGUAAUAUAUAGUGACUUUAAGACAAGAUUAAAAAGGAGAUUUUUAUUGACAGUACUAACAUCUCAUUGGACGUGUUAGAGGAUUGUAUCAUUUACAACACUCUAAAAAGAUAUGAAUUGUUUUAUUUACAAACACACCAUAUAUAUACAAAAAGAGGCGAAUUGUAUAAAGCAUGAUAGAAAUUUAGUCGAAUACAUCCACCAUUAAUAGUCUGACCUGCGAGCUGUUUCAUAAAGCUGCUCGCAUUGUUACCAAUGACUUUGCGAACAACCUGAAUAAUUAUGAAGGGCAAAAUGUUGAGCAAAAUAUUGUUUAGGAAUGUUUGUGUCUCCCAAUGAUAUAACAAAAUAUUCUGGUUGAAAAUUUAUUUUUGCUUACAGAAUGCUUAAUCGGAAUUCUGACUGUAUUUAGCCACUUCGUUUGUGAUAUUAUGUCUAAAAGUUGUAAUUUUACGAACAGUUUAAUGAACCAUGCCCAGAUUGACCAUUCAUAAAUAAAGUCAAUUUUCAAUACAAUUAUCUGUCCAAGUGGAUAUUCCUGACAACCUUAAGAAAAUUUAAUAUUUCAAAUUAAACAUCAAACAAUUGGCCAACUUUCUACUCGUAUAUAUCUUUGUUUCAGGGGGAUUGAGAGGAAUAUUUCAUACGGAAUUCCUUUAAAAAAUAAUUAGGAUUCCUAUUUAAAGUUGAUACCAUUUUCCAUGCAGGAGGAAGGGGUAAAGUGAUGGUUGUUUAAACAGAUUAUGGACAAAUACCGACAACAUAAAUACACCUCUUGCAUCGAAGUAACGUUUUGCUAAAAUUUUAAUGAUCACGAUGUUGCUCGCUUUAGGAAGAAUUCAUUUAAAGUUGUAUGAAUUCAACACGAAGCAUUUUGGGCAAUAAAUACUAAGAUUAUAAUGAAAAAUUUUCUCAUAAAAUAGAAUUCAGUUACGCUGUAAAAUGAGAGAAUAAAUUAUUACAUGAUAAAUAUCGUAUACCAUGUA